UGCGCGCGCCCGUGUGCCGUGUUAGUAUGUGGGAGGAGUGUCCCUCUGUGGGCGUGUCUUGUCUCACACAAUAACCCUCACUGAACUGUUCUAUUCCCACGUUUUCCCUCCAGGAGCGAAGGACCCGUCCGGAGUCUGCAGACUGAGAACCAGAGGAACAGUGGAACCAGUUGAACAGUGGAAUAAGUGGAGCAGAGAACCAGUGGAUCAGACUGGGAGGGCUCCUCUCCGCAGCGCAGCAGCAGGAUUCCGUCUCUCCUGGUCUUUUCCUGGUGUCUCCUGGUGUCUCCUGGUCUUUUCCUGGUGUCUCCUGGUGUCUCCUGGUGUCUCCUGGUCUUUUCCUGGUGUCUCCUGGUGUCUCCUGGUGUCUCCUGCUCGUUCAGUGUCUCCUCGCAGCUGCUUCAGUGAGUUGACGUCUGAGGACCUGAUGUCGUCCCCCCGCUGCUUCCUGCUGCUGUCCGGCCUCCUGCUGGUCCUGGUCCAGGUUCCUGGGACCCGCUGCAGACCGGCCACCGAGGACACGGACACAGUCGACGCAGUGAAGUCGUCUGAGGAUGAAGAAGACGAUGAGUCAUCCUCAGAGGAAAACAAACUCUCCAAUGAACUUUCAACGAGCAAUGAGAAGCUGCAGCCGCUGGCGCCUCAGUGGGUGGUGCCGGAGAAGAUGGAGAAGCAGCUCCACGCCGUUCCCGCCAGUCGGACGGUGAAGUUCAGGUGCCAGGCGUCGGGGAACCCAGCUCCCAGUCUGCACUGGUACAAGAACGGGAAACAGUUCAGGAAGGACCAGAGAAUCGGAGGCUUCAAGGUCAGAGAUAACAUCUGGACUCUGAUCAUGGAGUCGGUGGUUCCAUCAGACAAAGGGAACUACACGUGUGUGGUGGAGAACGAGUACGGGAGCCUGGAGCACACCUACCUGCUGGACGUAGUCGAGCGCUCCCCCCACAGGCCCAUCCUGCAGGCCGGGCUGCCGGCCAACCAGACGGUGGUCGUUGGGUCCAACGUGCAGUUUGUGUGUCGGGUGUUCAGCGACCCGCAGCCUCACAUCCAGUGGCUCAAGCACAUCGUGGUCAACGGCAGCAGGGAGGGGCCGGACGGACACCCCUACGUCCUGGUUCUCAAGGUUGCCGGUUUGAACACCACAGAUAAAGAGAUGGAGCUUCUGACCCUGAGCAACGUGUCCCUGGAGGACGCUGGCGAGUACACGUGUUUUGCAGGAAACUCCAUCGGCGUGUCUCACCACUCUGCGUGGCUCAACGUCGUGAAAGACCUGCCCCCCUCCCCUCUGCCCUCCCAGACCUACCUGGAGAUCUUCAUCUACUGCCUCGGCUUCUUCAUCGUCAUCAUCCUCACCAUCACCGCCGUCGUCUGCCGUCUCUGCUGCUCCCCGAAGAAGAGCGACUUCAGCGGCCAGCUGGCUGUCCAGAAACUGGCCAAGAGCAUUCCCCUGAGGAGACAGGUGUCUGUCGAGUCCUCGUCCUCGCUGCAUUCUGGGAUGUGUCUGAUGCGUCAGUCCCGUCUCUCCAGCGCGGCCACCAUCCUGGCAGGAGUGUCGGAGUACGAGCUCCCCUACGACCCGGUGUGGGAGCUGCCUCGGGACCGGCUGCUGCUGGGGAAGCCUCUGGGUGAAGGUUGUUUCGGUCAGGUGGUUCUGGCCGAGGCCGCCGGUCUCGGCCAGAACAAACCGACGCGUGUCUCUCAAGUCGCAGUGAAGAUGCUGAAAGCGGACGCCACAGAGAAGGACCUGUCAGACCUCAUCGCUGAGAUGGAGAUGAUGAAGAUGAUCGGGAAACACAAGAACAUCAUCAACCUGCUGGGAGCCUGCACUCAGGACGGUCCUCUGUACGUGGUGGUGGAGUACGCCUCCCAGGGGAACCUCAGGGAGUUCCUCCGCACUCGUCGGCCCGUUGGCCUGGAGUACUGGAGCGAGUCCAGACAGACGCCUCUGGACAGUUUGGAGAUGAAGGAGCUGGUGUCUGCUGCGUACCAGGUGGCCAGAGGGAUGGCGUACCUGGCCUCCAAGAAGUGUAUCCACAGAGACCUGGCAGCCAGGAACGUCCUGGUCACAGAAGACAACGUGAUGAAGAUCGCAGACUUCGGUUUGGCUCGAGACGUCCACCACAUCGACUACUACAAGAAGACGACCAACGGUCGUCUGCCGGUGAAGUGGAUGGCGCCAGAGGCUUUGUUCGACCGGGUCUACACUCACCAGAGCGACGUGUGGUCCUUUGGCGUCUUGUUGUGGGAGAUCUUCACCCUCGGUGGAUCUCCGUACCCUGGCGUCCCCGUGGAGGAGCUGUUCAAGCUGCUGAAGGAGGGUCACCGCAUGGAGAAACCCCCCGCCUGCACCCAGGAGCUGUACCUGACCAUGAGGGACUGCUGGCACGCCGUCCCGUCUCGCAGACCCACCUUCCUGCAGCUGGUGGAAGAUCUGGACCGAACGCUUUCUCUCAGUUCCAACCAGGAGUACCUGGAUCUGUCCGUUCCUCUGGUCCAGUACUCCACAGUCAGCGUCUCCUCUUCAGCUCUAUCCAGGAGCUCCACAUAGGCGUCCUGGGACCGAUUCCCUUCCUGCAGCACCUUCAUCCCGUUUCCUCUGCUGUGGCGGGGCGGCGGCGGCAGAAGUCCCAGACGAAGCUGGGCAGGAGGAGCUCAGACCAGCCGCUCCGCCGUGGUCCUUCUCA